UUCAAUAACAUCCUGUCGCCGAGGCAAUAAUAUCUCCCAGGCGUGCGAGUUCUCUGUAAGUAAGCCCAAGUGUAAGGCUUUCGAUGUGAAAAUAUGUCCUCAUCCCCGAGUCGCCUUGAGGAUGGGGAUGGGGGCACGGGGCAGCGGAGCGACAGCAUCCGGAAACCCCCGGGCGGUCAGAGCAAACCGAUCGAACUAUCGGCUGCUGAACUAUCAGAAACCGAAGAUAGUUCCCACAUGUUUUUUCGCCAAGAAGGGUUGUACGCGAACAGCUUCCCGAAGAUGAAAGAAAUUCGCCGUAUGGGCAAGAUGUGCGACGUUACGCUGAAGGUGGACUCACAUUCCUUCUCGGCACAUCGGAUCGUGCUAGCGGCCACCAUUCCCUACUUUUACGCCAUGUUCACCCACAACAUGGCCGAGAGUAGAAUCAAAGAGAUCACGAUGAAGGAAAUCGAACCACUGGCACUUGAAAGUUUAAUCAACUUCGCCUACAGUGGACUAGUCAAAAUCGAUACCCAGAACGUGCAGAGUCUGAUGGUAGGUGCCUCGUUCCUGCAGCUCAACGAGGUGCGCGACGCGUGCGCCAAGUUUCUCAAGCGGAUGUUUCACCCCCACAACGUGCUAGGAAUUAGGCAGUUUGCCGACACGCUCAGCUGCUCGAAGCUGAUCGUCUCGGCGGACCGUUACAUCCACCAGCACUUCUCGAAGGUGGCCAACGGGGAGGAAUUUCUUGCGCUCAGCUGCAACGAGGUGAUCGACGUGAUUGGACGGGAUGAGCUGAACGUGAAGAGCGAAGAGUGUAUCUUUGAGGCAUCGAUGCGCUGGGUCAAACACGCCCAGGACAAGCGCUCCGUUCACCUGCCGCUGAUACUGAGCAACAUCCGGCUGCCACUGCUGUCACCCCAGUUUCUGGCGGACAAUGUCGCGACGGAGGAACUGAUUAAAACUUCUCACAAAUGUCGCGAUCUGCUGGACGAGGCACGCGACUUUCACCUGAUGCCCGAACGGCGUGCCCUCGUGGCCACAUCACGAACCAGGCCCCGUUGCUUCGAUUUCGUAGUGGGCCUCAUUUUCGCCGUCGGUGGGUUGACGAAGAACGGUGAAUCGGUGAGCACGGUCGAGAUCUACAACCCGACGACGAAGGAGUGGAGUAUGGGCGAGGCGAUGACCAUGCUUCGAUCGCGCGUUGGCGUGGCCGUUACGAACGGGAAGCUGUAUGCGUUCGGUGGCUUCAAUGGGACCGAACGGCUGUCGACGGUGGAGAUCUACGAUCCGCGGCAACACAAGUGGUCCCAGGGCACGGCCAUGCACUGUAAGCGCAGCGCAGUCGGAGUGGCCGCCCUCGAGGAUUAUGUGUACGUGUGCGGAGGGUACGAUGGGGUAACCAGCCUCAGCACCGUCGAGCGGUACUGCCCGAAAACGGACAAUUGGAGUACGGUGGCGCCGAUGAUGAAGUACCGAUCGGCCGGCGGUGUGGCAUCGCUCGGAGGCUACGUGUAUGCGCUCGGUGGCCACGACGGACUGUCCAUUUUCGACACCGUCGAACGAUACGAUCCGUUCAGCGAUACCUGGACCAAAGUGCGGUCCAUGAUGAACCGUCGCUGCCGGCUCGGGGUGGCAACACUUGGCAACAAACUGUACGCUUGUGGCGGCUACGACGGGAACUCGUUCCUUCGGUCGGUCGAAGUGUACGAUCCGGUCAAGGAUAGCUGGUCACUGAUCGCGCCGAUGAACGUAAAACGUUCACGGGUCGCACUGGCCGCCAACAUGGGCAAACUGUGGGCCAUCGGUGGUUACGAUGGUGAGUCGAACCUUUCGACGGUCGAAGUUUACGACCCGAAAAACAACUCCUGGACCUUCGUCGCCCCGAUGAAGCACCACGGAGGAGGUGUCGGUUGCGGCGUCAUUCCGACCCCGUUUCAAGAUUGAAUGGUUACGCUUUCCUAUCCUUGCUAAUCUCUCUGCUGGCGAACGUUAUUUUUGCUCCUACUAAAAAAGCAAUCCCCCAGCCUUAUUGCUAGGCACAUGGUAAGAUUUCAUCACACAACACCGCAACAUCCAGACCCCGGCAAUGAACGAUCUGCUCUCCGAAUAUGUCUCCAUCGUAGCUUUCUAUGUGAUUAAAACAUACAAAUGAAUAUUGUGAAUAUCUGUAGGGUACGAGAAUUCUGUGUUUAACCUUCGAGCAACCAAAUUAUGAUAAACAAGUAGCAAAAGAAUAGCUUUGACGCGGAUGUGGCGAGUUCGUGCUUUAAGCAAUUUGUGUAUGAUCGUAUGAAACCUACAGUAAAGCAUUGUUACUCUAGUUCGAUAAAGCUGUGAUGCUUUGUCUUCUUGAUUCGUAAUGAUUAACAAAAGUUCUGAUUAGCGUGGUGCACCUCAUUUUAAACAGCGCAUGAUUAGAAUAUCUUGAAAACAGAAUAAAAAUAUAGACGUUACUGUGUACUUGUGUAAU